GAUGUUUUCUCGAAAAAGAAGCUUCACGUUUGGUGCAUAUGGCGGGAAGUCAGAAGACACUGACCUCUGUAUCACAGAUGCUUUAAGUCCACUUGACCAGGAGAUGACUCAACCACCACCGUCUCACAGCAAGCCUGCUGAUUUAUUUGAAAUGAUUGAAAAAAUGCAGUGUACCCGUUUGGAGGACCAGCGGUGUAUGUUGCCCUCACCGGUGAAGGUAUUACGAAGAGGACGCCCACUCCCUCUCCUCAUUCCUCCCCCUUUCGGUGGGUAUUGGAUUGAAGGAACCAAUCACACUCUGCCAAACUCAGCCUCUGAUCUACCAGUUCCCAAUGACAAAUUCCGAAUUCUACAGUCUGACCCCACAUCACGUUUCUAUAGGAAGCACUUCUUGGGUAAGGAGCAUCAGAACUUUUGUACCCAGGACUCACGGCUUGGAGCAAUUAUCCUGUCUGCAAAACUAGAGCAGAAAUCAGAGAGACUGCGCCUAAUACUGAGAACCAGAUCUGGUACCAAACAUGACAUUAUUAACACAAGAGGUUUGGGCAGCUUCCCUAGUGCAGCACAGAUGGCACAGAUGCUGUGUGAGGAUCUGACUGUAGACAGAUACUUUCCGGUUCUUUACCCAAAGGCUUCUCAGCUUCUUGUUACCUUUGAUGAACAUUUAUUGAGCAACAACUUUAAAUUUGGGAUCAUUUAUCAGAAACUAGGGCAGGUGACAGAAGCAGAGUUAUUUAGCAACACAGAGGAAAGUUUGGCUUUCAUUGAAUUUCUUGACUUUCUGGGUGAUAUAAUUCAGCUUCAGAAUUUCACUGGAUUUCGUGGUGGGUUGGAUGUGUCGCAGGGUCAGACAGGAUCAGAGUCUGUAUAUACCACAUUCCGUGGCCAUGAGAUAAUGUUCCAUGUGUCAACUAAACUUCCCUACACCCCUGGGGACCCUCAGCAGCUGCAGAGAAAACGUCACAUUGGGAAUGACAUUGUGUCUCUUGUGUAUCAAGAGGAAGGAUCCGUUUUUUCUCCAGAUAUCAUCACCUCACACUUCCUGCACUGUUUUAUCUCAGUCCAGCCCUGCCAGAGCCCCAGUGGAGAGAGACUGUACAAGGUGUCGGUCACCGCUCGGGAUGAUGUACCCAUAUUUGGUCCUCCACUUCCCACCCCUGCUGUGUUUCGAAAGGACUCACCGUUCCGGGAGUUUUUACUCACAAAGCUGAUUAAUGCUGAAGUCAGCUGCUAUCGAGCUGAAAGGUUCUCAAAGCUACAGGAACGUACACGUGGAGCUCUCAUUGACAGUCUAUAUGAAGAGCUCUUUGUGCACAGUCAGAGAUUGCUGGGGGCUACAGAUGAAGGUGUCAGUGACAAACUGGAAAGCACAAGUAGUGGCUUCUUGGAAAACUUCAAGUCUCAUGAUGAAGUUAAGAUCAUGGUUGUACAUAUAAAACACAACUCCUCAGUAUAUCUCAAACCCAUCUAA